AUGGCACCUCACGCGGAAGAGCCUCAGGCAGACUCAGGUGUUGAUCUCAUCCAACAUGACGGCAAAAGUUACGGCGAUUGGCGCGACGAAUUCCAUCGCUAUGGCUGCGCGGUCGUGAAGAAUGUUAUAACACUAGAACGGGCAGAUUAUUACAAGAAAAAGCAACUUGAAUGGCUUCAAUCCUUCGAUCUUGGGUUUGACCCCAAUGACGAAUCCACCUGGACGGCAGAACAUCUUCCUGUCAGCUUCAAGGGCGGCAUGUACUUUGCCUAUGCCAGCACUCACGAGAAGUUCGUAUGGGAGGCCCGCACAGAGCCUAAUGUCGUUGAUAUCUUUACAAAACUAUGGGGAACGGACGAGCUUCUGUGUUCUUUCGAUGGAAUGAACAUUACCCUACCACGACAAAAGGACCUGACUUGGAGCCCAUGGCCGCAUUGCGACCAGAACGAGAACCGCAAAGGAAUGCAGUGUGUUCAGGGGCUGUUAAACUAUCAGCCCAACGGCCCAAAGGACGGCGGUUUGAUCUUGAUGAAGGGAAGCUCAAAACUCUUCGACGAGUUUUUCGCUGAGCAACGAGAACAAGAUGAGCAUGAGGACAAACCCCCACCAGAGGAAGAUUUUCGGGAUCUUUUCAUCUUCAAGGAGGAAGACGUGAAGUGGUUCGAAAGCAAGGGCUGCGUAUUACAGAAGAUUGAUAUGGAACCCGGUGACAUGGUUUUGUGGGACAGCAGAACAAUGCACUACGCAGCCCAUCCUCAGGGCGACCGCAUUCGACACGUGCAGUACAUCUGCAUGACGCCACGGAAAUUUGCGAAAGAGGAAGACAUCGAGUUGAAGGCUGAGCUAUUUGACAACUUCCAGGGUACCACACAUUGGCCCCAUUGCAAUAUCCAUAAGGCUGGUCCGCCACUUCGCGAUGGCAAAAUGUGCCCAAAGAAUAGAAGUGAACCAUUGGAAAAACCAGAGCGUACGGAUCAGAUAUUAAAGUUGGCUGGAGUCAAAGUUUACUAA